CACAAUCACUAGUCUUCAUUGUACAAAGCAUUUCUUCUUUUCCUUUCUUUCAAGCAACUGUGAAUUUCCGUCGUCCUUUCCGCGUCUCUCUCUCUCUCUACCCAAAAACAGCUCAUAAAAUUCAAAAGAUACUCUUUUUCUUUUUCAAUUAAAAAAUUUGGAAUUUUUGUAUUUUAUAAUAAAUUCCUCGUCUCAUUUCCAUCGUUUUCACUGGUCCAAACCGUCUCCUGCAAAAACAGCAAAUGCCCUUUUAAGUUCCUUUUGAUUGGAUCUGGUCAUAAUCGAAUGCUCAUUUGAAUUUUCAAAUUCCUGCUCACAUUUGGGAUUUUUUUGGGUCUGCUUAUAGGGCCAAAAUAAGGGUUCGUUUUGAUUCUGAUAGCUCCACCUUAAGUUAAUUUUAUUUUGAGCUCAUUGAUAUUGAUUCUUUUGUGUGUUUUGGUCUUUGUGCUAUUUGAUUCGAUAUUUUGGUGUUUUUUUAUGGAAGAUAAAUUCUGAGUUUAUUUGGUUGAUUGAGUGCUGAUUCCAAGUUUCAAUUUUUGGGCAAAAAUUGUUUCCGGGUCUUGGAGAAAUUGUAUAUAGUGACGAUUAGUUGUGGGAUUCACCUUCACAGAAAUCAACAGUGGGUACGAGUCGAAUAUUCCAAGUUUGAAGCUUUUUGGGAGCUUCGCAUUAUGACGGUAUUCUAGGGUUUUGCUUCUGUAAAGGGUUUAGCCGUUGAUGAAAUGAGAAGAAUAGAGUAUGCUGACAAUGGUGAUUCAACAACAAAUGAUUCGCAUACAGUCAAAUUAUGUCAUGUUCUUGGUGAUUUUGCUUUGUGCAUCUUCGGUGGGGAGCCUGGAAUACAGAAAGAGGACAGAGGAAGUGCAUAUGAGCCAAUUAGUCGAUCCAUUGACUGGGGAGGUUGAUGACGGCAUGGCAGAGCUAUUAUGGAUCAGUUGCAGGCAAGAUUUUGUUCAUUUGAAGGAAGCUAAUGAGGAUCUCAACUUCUGUUUUCCAGAGGAGACAUCUGAUAUGGCUAGUGAAAGUAAUUCCGAGGGUAGGUUACUGACAAAAGAACAUGUUUGGAAAAUGGUUAAGGUCCAGAAUCCCCAUUUAAUGCAAACAAUUCUAGAUUGUAUGAGAAAGAACAAUAAUCUGUUCCAUGUUUCUGGAGAAAGUGGCUCUAAUAUUCAGCAUACGAGAUAUCUUGAUUCUGUAUUUCCCAUACGCAUUGUUCCAAAAAGAAAUUUGCUCCAAAGCAUUGCAGAGGUACCAGCCUCCGCCCCUGUCCCUGUUGCUGGAUCACCUUUUUUCAGUCCAGUGCCAUCUGCUGAUCUGGCACCUUCUCCAGUUUCUACGCCAUCUCCAGUUUCUAUGCCAUCUCCAGUUUCUACUCCAUCUCCACAAAAACCAUUUUUUCCUCAAGGUGGUGAUUCAUCACCUACAGCUACAGAAGAUGCUUCUGCAGGUCCAGCUUCUGAUCCAAAUGUUGAGCCAGAUAGUCACAGAAGUAACCAUAAAGUAAUUGUUAUUGCUGUAGUUGUAACUGCAGCAGUGACUUUUGCCUUCGCAGCAUUGUUCUUUUUUUUCUGUACUAAGAUUCGUCGAAGAAACUCUGGAGGUAGACAAAAUGAUGAAAAACCUCUUCUCAGCCUGAGCUUAAGUAACUACUCUACUGGUUCUCCUCAUAACUCUUUUGGUUUAGUAAAUUCUAUUAAAGAAGAGAAGGUUGAUCAUCAAUCUCUUAAUAAGAAUUCAAGUCAUCAUGGAAAGGACUCAUCUUUGGACAGCAUCAAGUCUACUGCUCUCCAUGCCUCACCUGAUGAAAUUGCAUUGUCUGCUGAGUCAAUUGGCAAAUUUAGCGAUACAAUUGCAUGGGUACCUCCUCCUCCUGGAAGGGUGGACAGUAUGCUUCCUUUGAAGCCUCCUCCUGGAAGGGCAGUUCCUCUUCCUCCUGAACCACCUGCUUCUCUCAGACCUCCUACCAGAAAGACUGAUCUCUCUCCUCCCCCUCCUCCUCGUGCACCACCGCCUCCUCCACCACCUAUGGCUCCUGGUGUCAAAUCUGGUCCACCUCCACCACCACCUCCUCCAAAGGGUGGUCCAGCUCCUUCCCAACCACCUCCACCGUUACCAAUGGGUUCAAAGGUUCCUCGACCUCCAACUGGAUUGAAGCAUCCUCCUAAUGCAGCACCAGGUGAAAGGGAUGGUGCAGAGGGUGAUGCCAAUAAUCCUAAAGCCAAGCUGAAGCCAUUUUUCUGGGAUAAAGUUCUAGCCAAUCCUGAUCAUUCAAUGGUUUGGCAUCAGAUUAAAUCAGGAUCAUUCCAGUUCAAUGAGGAGAUGAUCGAAACACUGUUUGGGUAUGCCCCUGCUGACAGAAACAAAACUGAUCGCAAGAAAGAGUCUUCCUCCCAAGAUUCCACAUUUCAUUAUAUUCAGAUCCUUGAUACCAAAAAGGCGCAAAACCUGUCAAUUCUUCUUCGGGCACUGAAUGUUACAAUAGAAGAAGUCUGUGAUGCACUUCAUGAAGGAAAUGAACUUCCCAUAGAACUCCUUCAGACUUUGUUGAAAAUGGCACCUACAGCAGAUGAAGAGCUGAAGCUUAGGCUGUACAGUGGUGAACUUUCUCAACUAGGGAAUGCUGAACGAUUUCUAAAAAUGUUGGUUGACAUUCCAUUUGCUUAUAAACGAUUGGAAGCACUGCUUUUCAUGUGUACUCUACAGGAAGAGGUUGCCAUGACUAAGGAGUCCUUUGACACUUUAGAGGUUGCUUGCAAGGAACUCAGAAACAGCAGAUUGUUCCUCAAGCUUCUAGAAGCUGUUCUUAAAACUGGCAACCGCAUGAAUGAUGGAACAUUCCGUGGUGGUGCUCAAGCAUUUAAACUUGACACACUUCUGAAAUUAUCUGAUGUGAAGGGAACAGAUGGUAAGACCACAUUGUUGCACUUUGUCGUUCAGGAGAUAAUACGUUCUGAAGGUGUGAGAGCCGCCCGUGUAGCAAGGGAGAGUCAUACGUUCUCUAACAUCAGUGUGAAGAGCAAUGAUCUCCUUGAGGAUAUUACCGCUGAUACAGAAUAUGACUAUAGCAAACUUGGUCUUCAGGUGGUUUCUUGUUUGAGCAGUGAACUAGGAAAUGUCAAGAAAGCAGCAAUUGUAGAUCCUGAUAGCUUAACAGGAACUGUUGCUAAACUUGGCAAUUCACUGUUAAAAACCCAAGAUUUCCUGAACAAGGAUAUGAAGAGUUUAGGGGAAGAUAGUAAGUUCCAUGAAACAUUAAAAAGUGUUGUGCAGAAUGCUGAGGUUGACAUCAUGUGGUUGCUGGAGGAAGAGAAGAGAAUUAUGGCUCUGGUGAAGAGCACUGGUGAUUAUUUCCAUGGGAAUGCAGGGAAGGAUGAAGGCUUACGUCUUUUUGUUAUUGUGCGGGACUUCUUGAUCAUCUUAGAUAAGGUGUGCAAGCAGGUGGGAGAGGCACAAAAGAGGUCAGAAAAAUUACUGAAAAAAGAGUCAUCAACUGCAUCAUCUAACUCUUCAACCAGCCAACAACCUUCUCCUGAUUUUCGAACCCGGCUAUUUCCAGCAAUUCAAGAGCGAAAGAUUGAAAAUUCUAGUUCAGAUGAUGAGAAUGAAUAAGCUCCAUUUGGAAUAGGUCGCUUAUAGGAUGAAAGUUGUCUUCCAUAGAUGUCUUCUGCAUUUUCUGAAAGCAAGGGAUCAAUGAAAAGUAAGCAAUUGUGCUCAUCCAGGCUAAAUUUCACUAGGGUCAUUAGUGGAGCAAACAUCAAAAUAUCUUUGACCAGAUUCCCUGGCGACAGAAGGAUUCUCAUUCAGAUUGCUUGUGCAUUAGUAGUUAGAUACAAACGUAUUGUUCUUUUUAUUUAAAAUUCUUUCUUUUUUUUCCCCCAGAGUAAUUAGCACGGUCAUUCUUAAAUUACAAGUUGUUUAUACCGUAUUAAAUUUUGGAGGAAAGUAUCUACUUUUCUAAGUGCUUAAAGGAUC